UUUUCAUGUUUUCUGUGGGUGCUGAUCAUCGUGCAGCAAGAUGUAUUUGAAAAUAAGUUAUAUUUUACAAUUCUGUUGCUUUUAUUUUAUACGAGUACAUGGAACAAAAGCAAUUGACAUGGACUACUUUUUGAGCUUUCUUCGCAACUCUAACUGCUCUACCAAAGAAGGACUACAAUACUGCAAAGAAACAUGCCGUGGGGUAGCCGUACUGUGUCAUAAGGGGGAGUGUUACUGUCAUCAAAGUGUCGUAGAUACUAUAAGCUCGCCAAAUGUAGUGGCAAGUGUAGCAGAUCUGACGAUAGCGCCGAAAGCACCAAUUCCUCCGAAAAACGAAGUUCAAAUAAAUAUAUCUCCACAAAUGGUCCAAAAAAGCGAUGAAGAUAUACCAGUCCAAAUUUCUCCAUCUCGGAGACAUCAAAUAGCCCACUUCUGCCCUAGUCUUGACGUAGCUAGAAAGUGUAUCAGGAAGUGCAUAGGGCUCGGCAAGGCUGCGUUCUGCGGAAAGGACCACCAAUGUUACUGUGGCCACAAAUAUUCAUCCCACGAUUCACCGGACAAACAAGAUGCAUUGGAAGUCUAUAAGGAGUUCUCAGACAUGUACGCAAAAUACUUUGGAAAUGCUGAACAUGACACGGGAAGUGAUGAGAAUUACGAUGAGUACUUAAAAAAUAAAAAAUUGUCGAAUAAGGUUCAUUCACAAAAUCAGGCUUAAGCAUUUGCAUGUAAUAAAUGUAUAUUCAAAAGUGUUUUCCUGAUUAUAAUAACCUAA